AUGGCGCACAGUGUCCCCCUCAUUCUGUACGUGAUCAUCCAGUUCGCGGCGUUCCUCCUGGUGCUGGCGGGUACACCGUCUGGCAUGUUCCGCAGCGGGUCCCCAAGUUUCCCGGGCCCGUUUGGCUGUAUAACCCUAUGGGGUUUGAAGCUAACCUGCGCGUCUGUGGAUUACAACGUCACAAUUCACUUCUUCUUUCGGAACUGCCGUAACCGCCUCAACCUUUUCCGCGCUGCACAGGGGCUUGCUAUUGUCACCAUCUUCGUGUACGGUGCGGCGUUCAUCCUGGGCUUAAUUUUGCUGUACGGUUGCUCUUUCCUCCGCUGGGUCUGCCUGGCGCUGAACAUCGUUGGCAUUGCCACCUUGUGCGUUGUGUGGGCGGCCCUGGCAGUGAUGUACAACAAGACUGAUGACCCACAGUGCUCUA